CCUGCAUUCACCAUCACUGAGCCGCUAUUAUUCCCGCUGUGGCCACCAUCGCAGAUUGAACUGCUCCCCUCCUCAUAAUAUUCUUCAGCUCUUACACGUACUCGUAAUGAAUUGCGCCGCCCUCAUGUGCUGCCUAGUCACCGAGUGAACUUCACACCCCGCCGAGCCUCCCCCGAAGCCCAACCGCCAGCACUUGUCCACCUUGCACUUCUGCGACCUCCGAAUCCCACCGCAAUGCCUUCGAUACUCACCGACGAGGACAAGCAGACGGUCAAGCGGACCGUCCCCAAGGCGUCAAACAAGAUCCAUGCUGUCGCUGUAGCCAAGCUGUACAUUGCCUACCCCGACAGGCACCGAUGGACCUACACUGGCCUCCAGGGCGCUGCGGUGCUGGCGAACGACUUGGUGGGCAACACCUUCUGGAUCAAGCUUGUGGAUGUCUCACCUGCGAAUCGUGGUGUCAUCUGGGACCAAGAAAUAUACGAUACCUUCUCAUACAACCAAGAUCGGGUCUUCUUCCACACCUUCGAGCUCGAGGACUGCCUCGCUGCUCUCUCUUUUAGCGAUGAGAAGGAGGCGAAGACAUUUAAGAAGAAAAUGGACGAUCGUGAGAAGAAUGCACACAAGAACACUAAGAACAAGCUAUUUGGGGCCUCCAUAGGCGGUGCAUCUGGCGCGCACGGCAGGAGUCACGGCCACCACGGCAUUCUCGGUGGACUGUUUGGACACCGACACUCCUCAGUCAAUGAGAAGCCCCAAUCUAUUAUCCCCCCGACCGUGACCUCGCCCACCCACCACAGCCAUUCGAAUGCAUCUAGCACAAGGAGCUCUGCAAUUGAUACGACGGACCCCUCGUGGCAGCCCUUGUUGAAAGAAUUGUUAGCAAUGGGAAUUACUGAGGACCAGAUCGAGGAAAAUGCGGACUUUAUCAAGUUGUAUAUCGAGCAACGGAAGAUUGAGGAGAAAAUUGCAGACGAUCGAAAAGCUCGGGCUCCACCCCCCCCACCCCCACCCAGCGCUCCACCAACAGUGAAGGCAAGCUCUAUCAGCCCUCAGAAUACUGGGGGUGCGUCAUCUUCGAGGAGAGGUCCUCCACCCGCCCCUCCACCAGCUCGAAGAACCCGCACUGAUGCCGUUGCUUCGGGCAUCAAUCGAACGUCCUCCGCGAGCCCCGUGCCAUCUCCCCCGAGACAAGCAUCACCCCCUCCUGGCCCUCUAGUACCAAGAUUCCGUGCCCCCCCGCCUAUCGCAGAUGCUGGAAGAUUUGCCCAUGAACCACCGGCACCUCCGUCGAGGGCACGAGCUCCUUCGAACAGUCUAGCAAAUCCCGGCCCUCCCCCUCCACCGCGUCCACCAAAGACUCCUGCUGAGGAGGAGACGAAAGAACCACCAACGAGAUUUGGCGUACCACCUCCGUUCGCUGGAAAUCGUGUACCGCCGGGUCCCCCCCCUCCUCCCAUUCGAGGACCUGUACCCCCACCUCCGCCUGCUCGAGAGGCUCAUUCGAUCCAUGUCGCUCCUCCUCCGCUACCACCAAAGAGCGCCGCCGCCCCUCCUCCACUGUUACCGCCAACGAACAAUGCGCCACCUGCGCCACCUCCGUUGCCCCCAUCUGUGUCUCGUCCUGUUCCAGCGCCGACGAGCAUAGCACCCCCCCCUCCGCCGCUUCCGUCAACAAGCGCUCCACCACCUCCCCUACCGCCCUCGACAAACGCGCCACCUCCUCCGCCAUUACCAUCGAGCCAUGCCCCACCCCCACCCCCACCACCUACGCAAAACAACGCAAUUCCUCCGCCUCCACCAAUGCCCACAAAGUCUGUUCCGCCGCCUCCCCCAAUGCCGAACAGCGCCGUCCCUCCACCUCCUCCCAUGCCAAACAGCGCCGUUCCCCCGCCUCCUCCUAUGCCGCCCGGAGCAGUUCCUCCUCCACCGCCAAUGCCAAACAGUGCAGUUCCCCCACCUCCACCAAUGCCUCCAGGAGGUGGCCCCCCACCCCCUCCUCCCAUGCCCGGAGUAGGCUUACCCAAACAAGCCGCCGGUGGACGAGACAAUUUACUUUCAGAUAUUCGUGGUGGUGCCAAAUUACGAAAGGUCAGCGAUACAGAGAAGAGAGAUCGGAGUGCGGCUAUUGUGCCAGGGAAAGAAGCACCAGCGGGUUCGCCAGGAGGAGGCGGUGGUGCGACUCCAGGACCAGAUGCUGGCCUGGCUGGAGCGUUGGCUAGCGCCCUUGCGGCAAGGAAGAGUAAAGUUAGUCAUAGUGAUGACGAGGAUGAUAACGAUGAUUGGUGAAUGAGGACUAGAGAGUCAGCACCUAAUAUGCCCAUCUCAACUAUAUCAGCUUGAGAGAAUGAGUACACCCGGAGAUACCGCGCAAGAGAGGAAUAUCUUCAACGGGGUGGUGCUUUUGUGGAUGUCGUAGUAGCUAGGCAUGUAG